AUGGCCUUCUCCACCCCAUCUACCAUCAAGAGAAAAGAUCUCUUCCAACAGAAAGGAUUCAUUGCAGGAUCAUGGGUCGACUCUAUCAGUGGUGCCACAUUUGACGUCAAAAACCCAGCGACGCUCGAAACCAUCGCGACGCUACCGGAAAUGAACGCCGCCGAUGCGCAGAAAGCGAUUGAAGCUGCCAACGAAUCGUUCAAAACGUAUAAAAAAAUCCCUGCGCGGCAGCGUUCUCGUUGGCUGCGACGCUGGAGUGACCUCUGUCUGGAAAAUAUAGAUGAUCUGGCUCUCCUCCUGACGCUGGAGAAUGGCAAGCCACUCACCGAAGCGCGAGGGGAAGUGGCUUAUGCCGCCUCGUUCCUGGAAUGGUUUGCAGGCCAAGCAGAGCAGACGCAUGGAGAGGUAGUACCAACGGCCAAUACCAAGCAGCGGAUUUUGACUGUUAAAGAACCAAUCGGUGUUGCAGCAUGCCUUGCGCCUUGGAACUUCCCCAUCGCAAUGAUUACUCGAAAGGUCGGUGCGGCGCUGGCGGCGGGUUGCUCAACGGUGUGGAAGCCAGCUGGAGAGACUCCUUUGAGUGCGCUCGCUCAGGUGGUAUUGGCUCAAGCGGCUGGAUUUCCAACUGGCUGUGUUAAUGUGAUUACCACGCUGAAUAAUGUGGCGGAGGUGGGAGAGACGCUGUGCCAGUCCAAACUGGUACGGAAACUGAGCUUUACUGGCUCCACGAGGAUCGGAAAGCUUCUCGUGCAACAAUGCAGCAGCAAUCUGAAGAAACUAUCUUUAGAGCUUGGUGGUAACAGUCCAUUUAUCGUUUUCGACGAUGCCAAGGUUGAGACUGCAGUGGAGGCUUGCAUCAUGGCCAAAUUUCGGAAUUCGGGCCAGACUUGUGUGACAGCCAACAGGAUUUUCGUCCAGGAUGAAAUAUAUGACAGAUUUACUGAAGCACUGGUCGAACGUGUCAAAACGCUGAAAGUUGGAUCUGGGAUUGAGGACGGCGUGUUCGUUGGUCCUCUCACCCACGAUCGCGCGGUUCAGAAAGCCUUGGACCAUGUAAAUGAUGCUCAAUCCCGCGGAGCUUCUCUGUUACUGGGAGGCUCGUCAUUCCAACCAGGCAAUCUGCCAGGAUACUUUUUCCAACCCACCAUCUUGAGCAACAUGUCCACUGAAUCAUUGACCACACGCGAGGAAACAUUCGCCCCCGUCGUUGCUCUUUACCGCUUCAAAACCGAGGAAGAGGUAUUGGAAAAGGCCAACAACUGUGACGUUGGUCUCGGAAGUUUUAUCAUGACGGAAAAUGUAUCCCGCAUGUGGAGAGUAGCAGAGAGUCUUGAAGUUGGCAUGGUUGGUGUGAACCUUGGACUAUUGAGUGCUUGCGAAAGUCCAUUUGGAGGAGUCAAGGAAUCUGGUUAUGGACGCGAGGGUGGACGACAGGGAAUCGAAGAGUACCUUAUCACAAAGAGCAUUUUGAUCAAUGUGGCAGAGUAG